CACCACAACUCACAGCAAAACGCUUGUAAUCUAAUUUUGCCCCACAAUCUGAACCAAAUCCUGAAAGAUGGGUUCAACAGGAGAGACCCAGAUAACUCCAACCCACAUUUCCGAUGAAGAGGCAAACCUAUUUGCCAUGCAACUAGCCAGUGCCUCAGUACUUCCAAUAGUUCUGAAAUCAGCCAUUGAGCUUGAUCUCUUAGAAAUCAUUGCCAAAGCUGGCCCUGGCGUUUACCUUUCACCCACUCACAUUGCUUCUCAGCUACCAACCACCAACCCUGAUGCACCCAUCAUGUUGGAUCGCAUAUUACGCCUCUUGGCUUGCUACAAUAUCCUCACUCACUCUCUUCGCACUCUCCCUGAUGGAAAGGUUGAGAGGCUCUAUGGUCUCGCCCCUGUUGCUAAGUACUUGGUCAAAAAUGAAGAUGGUGUUUCUCUUUCUGCUCUUAACCUCAUGAACCAAGACAAAGUCCUCAUGGAAAGCUGGUACUACUUGAAAGAUGCAGUGCUUGAAGGGGGGAUUCCAUUUAACAAGGCGUAUGGAAUGACAGCCUUUGAAUACCAUGGAACAGAUCCAAGGUUUAACAAGGUUUUCAACAAGGGUAUGUCUGAUCACUCUACCAUCACAAUGAAGAAAAUUCUGGAGACCUACCCGGGCUUUGAGGGUCUUAAAUCUCUUGUUGAUGUCGGUGGUGGGACUGGAGCAGUAGUGAACAUGAUUGUCUCAAAGUAUCCCACUAUUAAGGGCAUUAAUUUUGAUUUGCCACAUGUCAUUGAAGAUGCUCCAUCAUAUCCAGGUGUGGAGCAUGUGGGUGGAGACAUGUUUGUCAGUGUUCCAAAAGCUGAUGCUAUUUUUAUGAAGUGGAUUUGUCAUGACUGGAGUGAUGAGCACUGCUUGAAGUUUUUGAAGAACUGCUACGAGGCACUUCCAGAUAAUGGGAAAGUGAUUGUGGCAGAAUGCAUUCUUCCUGUGGCUCCAGACUCAAGCUUGGCCACAAAGGGUGUGGUUCACAUUGAUGUGAUCAUGUUGGCUCACAAUCCAGGUGGGAAAGAGAGAACGGAGAAAGAGUUUGAGGCUCUGGCCAAAGGGGCUGGAUUCAAAGGUUUCCGAGUCCUUUGUUGUGCUUUCAAUACCUACGUCAUGGAAUUUCUUAAGAAGGCUUAAGUACUUUUGGCGUGGAUUCAUGUCAGUUGCAUUUGAUUUUUGAGAUUGUGGUUGUGGUGCUACCUACGAAAGCUUUCCCGGAAAAGUGUAAUUUUCUCUUAAAUACUGUAGGAAAAGAAUAAUAAACAAAGCUCAUUGUAUACUCCUAUAUAUAAAAUAAUGACAAGUUUCAUACUGUCGAUUAUAGUUUUGUGCUUUCUUUUUAAUGCCAUCGCUUUUUCUGUUAAUCAACAGGUUAUUAUCAAUACAAACUUAUAUAGUAAUAAGAUUCCACU